CACCAGCCGUACUUCCGGUGCACAUGUAAACGCAGCGGCGUGAUUUCCAGUUCGGACUGUGGCUGUUUGCGUACUUUUGAAGCGGUGACAGUUUUCUGUGAUUUUCCUCAACAUGAAGCUGCUCACACACAACAUGUUGACGUCUCACGUGAAGGGAGUGUCUAAAGGAUACCCGCUGCUCAUCAAGGCAACUGAGGUGAAGGUGAACGAGGUUGACUUCAACCCUAAAUUUGUCAGCCGGAUGAUCCCCAAACUGGAGUGGGGCGCUCUGGUCCAGGCUGCAGAAGGGCUGGGUCAUCGACAAGACCUGCCGGGUGAACUGGUGUCGGACUAUGAGCAAAACGAAGACUUCCUGAAGAAAGUGCACCGAAUUCUAUUGGAGGUGGAGGUGAUGGAGGGCUGUCUGCAAUGCCCUGAAUCUGGACGAGAGUUUCCCAUCUCCAAAGGAAUCCCCAACAUGCUGCUGAACGAAGACGAGGUGUAAACUGUGGUUCUCAUUCACAACCUUCCCCCAGACUUUAGCUCAGAUGGGACUGUGUGCGUUCAGAGAAAAGUGAAGGAGGUCGGACUCUGGUUUGAGCUGGUGCCAUGAGAAAACGGGCCACACUGUUUGGUUGAUUGUAGUUAUGACAUUUUAAAUGGGUGACGGCUGCCAGCGGAGGGAAAAGAUUUGACGAAUAGCAGAUGGAAAUGUUCCCCGAGAGCAACCCCCGGUGGUUUAAUCUGUAUUUAUUUUUGUAACUGUUUCGGCUCUUUUCUUUUUCUUUUUCAAUAAAACUGUCCAGAUUUUCAUGACA